UCAGCGCCCUUUUGCCAGAAAGAUUUAAAAACCACAAGCUUUUCUCUUUGUUCCUUUUAAAUUUUCUUUGAAAUUUACCCUAAUCUUAAAAACCAUUAUACUCUUCUCUCUCUUUUGUUAAUGGAGGAUGCUGAUAAUCAAUGGCAUGACCCGCUUCUCCUCACUGAUGUUUCUUGGCAACUAAGCAGCUCCCAGUCAAUAGAACUGACGGCACCACCUAGCUUGAAAGAUUCGACAAUGGCUGAUCAAGAUUCUAAGUCCGAGAUAAAUGACGAUGUUUCUUGGUACAAUAAAAGCUCAGAAUAUGUAAGAACGCAAGAACCUGGGAACCCAAUUGAUGGUCGGUCGGUGUUGGGAUUUUCUCUAACUUCUCCUGAUUUGGUUAUAUGUGCUGGUUCCCCUGAUAUUGUGAGAAAUGUUUAUGGAGAUUCCCCUGAAUUGUUGAAGAACAAAAAUUGUUCCGUUGAGCUUUCUUUAGAAAAUGGGAUACAUGGCUCUGACUCCAAACAUACACAAAAGACUCCGCACGUUAAAUUUUCAUCAAUCUGCCAAACUUUCAGCAAAGAAUUGUCUCCUGAAUCUUCCUUCUCGCUUCCUCCACCAACAGCAACUAAAGGCAGCUCAGAAAAUGAUUCCCUUCCCGUUAUAAGCGUCAAUUGUGGAUGUACAAAUGACGGAGUGAUGUUGGGAAGUGUGAGUUUCUCGAAGGACUAUUGUUUUGCUGGGGGUGAUACUGUAAGAACUGAUGCCAUAAUUGCUGAUGAAGAGGGAGUUUCAUUGUACCAAACAGCUCGUUUCGGAAACUCCUAUUACAAGUUUCAAUUAUUCGAGCCCGGAAGCUACAUGGUUGAUCUGCAUUUUGCUGAGAUUGUGUUUACUAAUGGCCCUCCUGGCAUUAGAGUGUUUAAUGUAUAUAUACAGGAAAGGAAGGUUGUGUCAUCCCUUGAUAUAUAUGCUCAGGUAGGAGAACAUAAUCCUCUGGUCAUAUCUGAUCUAUCAGCUUUUGUUGAUUGUGAAGGGGGGCUAUCUAUUAGAUUCGAAGGAGUAAUGGGGAGCCCAAUCAUAUGCGGAAUUUCUGUGAGAAAAGAUACUGAAGUAGCAGAAACGCUGGAAGUUGCUGAAAUGACCCAAGGAGCAGAAUCCAAGUUAGAAGAGGAUACUACUGACUGCAUGGUGGAAGGAGAUUAUCAAAUGCUGAAAAGAGAAUAUGAAUGUCAGAGGAAGGAACUAACAGAGACGAGGCGUGUGUUGGAGGAGCUUAAGAGGGAGAAUCAACAUAAAAAUAAGGAAUGUCAAAAAACUUGGAAUUCUCUCAGAGAGCUCCAAGAUGAGCUUAUGCGGAAGUCAAUGCAUGUUGGGUCAUUGGCUUUUGCCAUUGAAGGGCAAGUGAAGGAGAAAAGCAAAUGGUUCUCAUCAUUGAGAGACUUGACAAGGAAACUGAAGAUUAUGAGAAUGGAGCAAAUUAAGCUAUCCGAGGAGGCAGAAGCCUCUAAAAAGUUCCUCGCUGAUUUCAAUAAAAUAGGCUCUAUCAUCCAAUCUAGAAUAAAUCAGCAAGCAGAUUUGCAUGAAGAUCUCAAGAAAAAAUUUGUCCAGGGAGCUAAAGAAAGGAAAGAACUCUACAAUAAGAUUUUAGAAUUAAAAGGAAACAUAAGAGUCUUUUGCAGGUGCAGGCCCUUAAACCCCGAAGAAGUUGCAGGAGGUGCUUCUAUGGCAAUUGAUUUUGAAUCAGCGAAAGAUAGUGAGCUCACUGUUCUAUCUAAUGGGGCGCCCAGGAAAACUUUCAAGUUUGAUGCUGUUUUUGGCCCUCAAGCAGGCCAAGCUGACAUCUUUGAGGACACUGCUCCAUUUGCCACCUCAGUCCUAGAUGGAUACAAUGUUUGCAUCUUUGCAUAUGGGCAGACUGGUACUGGAAAAACUUUUACAAUGGAGGGUACAGAAGAAGCACGUGGAGUAAAUUAUAGGACUCUUGAUGAAUUGUUUUACAUAAUUAAAGAACGAGAGAAGCAACAUCGAUAUAAUAUAUCAGUUAGUGUCUUAGAAGUUUAUAAUGAGCAAAUAAGAGAUUUGCUGGUACCAGGCUCUCAGUCAGGAGCAGCUGCAAAAAGGCUUGAGAUAAGGCAACUGGGUGAAGGAAUACAUCACGUGCCAGGAUUAGUAGAAGCACAAGUAAGCAAUAUGAGUGAGGUUUGGGAGGUCUUGCAAACUGGCAGUAAAGCAAGGGCUGUCGGUUCAACAAAUGCAAAUGAGCACAGCAGUCGAUCCCAUUGCAUUCACUGUGUAAUGGUGAAGGGGGAGAAUUUGUUGAAUGGAGAAUGCACAAAGAGUAAGCUUUGGUUAGUGGACCUAGCAGGAAGUGAACGAGUUGCAAAGACUGAAGUGCAAGGAGAACGGCUCAAGGAAACUCAAAGUAUUAACAGAUCUUUGUCCGCUCUUGGUGAUGUCAUAUCUGCUCUUGCAUCUAAAUGCCCCCAUGUCCCUUUCAGGAAUUCAAAGCUCACCCACCUGCUUCAAGACUCUCUGGGAGGAGAUUCAAAGACACUAAUGUUUGUACAGAUCAGUCCUAAUGAAAAUGAUCUAGGUGAGACACUAUGCUCACUGAACUUUGCAAGUAGAGUUAGAGGGGUAGAGUUGGGUCCAGCAAGGAAGCAGCUGGAUAAUACAGAAUUUCUGAGAUAUAAACAGAUGGUUGAGAAAUCAAAGCAAGAUAUGAAGAUCAAAGAUGUACAGAUCAAGAAAAUGGAGGAUACAGUCCACGGAUUAGAGUUAAAGAUAAAAGAAAGAGACCUGAAAAAUAAGAACCUUCAAGAUAAGGUCAAGGAACUUGAAUCACAGUUGCUAAUUGAGAGGAAGUUAGCACGCCAACAUAUAGACACCAAGAUAGCAGAACAACAACAACAAAUGAAACAACAUGAAGAUCAAAAUAUUGCCCCAUCAAGACCACCACUUGCAAAUAGAUUGUUAGGAAGUAAUAAGAAUUUGAAUGAACCAGCAUAUGGUGCAGUAAUGAAAGAGCAAGUAAAUUCAACUCGGCAACUUGCAGAGAACAACUACAGAACUCCUCAACUGGCUUCUCCAGCAGAUAGCCUUGUCAAGCAUAUUGACCCUGCAGAAAAAGAAAACAAUCCUGAGAUGUCUGAACAUCCACAAUUGCCCAAGAGGACAGGAAGGGCAUCUAUUUGCACUGCUGCAAGGCGAGUCCCUGCAGCGCCAGUUAUGAGGCGCAACUCAUUGAUCCCACUACCAAGCUUAGCUUCUCUGCCACCACAAUUCUUACCAUUCUCACAAUGUCAAGUUGAUGUGAGAGAAGGGGAAGAGGAGGGAUUGGAAGCUAACUGCUUGACUGAGCAAACAAAUUGUGACAGUCCUAAAGGAAUCAAGUUUAGCAGGAAGAAGCUAAGUACCAUAUUAAGAAGAAGCCUUCAAAAGAAAAUUCAAUUGAAAUCUCCAUUGCAGCAGCAUCUUAGAAGAGGCGGUAUAAAUGUAGGAACAGAGAAAGUUAGAGUAUCAAUUGGAAGUAGGGGGAGGUUUGCACAUAGGGUACUGCUUGGCAGUGGAAGAAGAGCAGGAACAAAGGAAAUCCAGCAGAAGCAGAAUCAUAAAGAGAAGGAGAGAGGGUGGAAUGUUUGAACUGUGAAGAAUUUAUU